AUGGCACUAAAUCAGUUCUUCAAAGAUGGAGCAAUGGAAAAACAAGAGACAGACUUUAAGAAGGGCUACACCAUCAAGGAUGGGGGAUCUCUGGUUCUUGGACAAGAACAACAUGAUAUCGGCGGCCGCUUCGAGAAAGACCAGAGCUUUGUAGGAAACUUGGCUAGGGUUAAUGUGUGGUCCUAUGUCCUGCCAAAAGACGCUAUCAUUUCUUUUUCUGAAUCUUGCUCCAGUAACCUUGGAAUCAGAAGAGACGUCUACAAAUGGUCCGAUUUUAUGUACGGAGUUAAAGGAUGUGCCGCGUUUGAAAUUCCCUCUUCUUGUGUUUGA